CCCAAGCGGAGUGUGUUCAGUUUCCCAGACCAAACAAACCAACACUGAGAGGUGGAGAAAAAAAAACACUCAUCAUGAAUGGCACAGAGGGACCAGACUUCUACGUUCCGAUGUCCAAUGUGACCGGUGUGGUGCGCAGCCCUUAUGAAUACCCGCAAUUCUACCUGGCCUCACCGAUGGCAUUCUACUGCGUCGCUGCAUACAUGUUCUUCCUCAUCGUGACCUGCAUUCCCAUCAACGGCCUCACAUUGUAUGUGACCAUUGAUAACAAGAAGCUUCGAACCCCCUUGAACUAUAUCCUUCUGAACUUAGCCGUGGCUGACCUCUUUAUGGUGUUUGGUGGAUUCACGACCACAUUCUACACCUCCAUACAUGGAUAUUUCGUCCUAGGACGUGCCGGCUGCAACUUGGAGGGUCUCUUUGCUACUCUCGGUGGUGAGAUUGCGCUCUGGUCUCUGGUUGUCUUGGCUAUUGAGAGAUGGGUGGUCGUCUGCAAGCCCUUCACCAAAUUUCGCUUUACGCAGCUCCAUGCCACCUUCGGUGUCACUACUAGUUGGAUAAUGGCUUGUUCGUGUGCUGUACCGCCUCUCCUCGGAUGGUCCCGCUACAUCCCGGAGGGCCUGCAGUGUUCAUGCGGGGUGGACUAUUACACGUUGAAUCCGGAGACUGAGAACGAGUCUUUUGUCAUCUACAUGUUCGUUGUGCACUUCUCAAUUCCUCUCACCAUCAUUUCUUUCUGUUACGGCCGUCUGCUUUGCACUGUCAAGAUCGCAGCCGCCCAGCAGCAAGAAUCGGAGACUACCCAGAGGGCCGAGCGAGAAGUUACUCGAAUGGUUAUCCUCAUGCUCAUCGCUUUCCUAAUAUGUUGGCUCCCCUACGCCAGCGUCGCCUGGUAUAUCUUCACCCACCAGGGGAGUCAGUUCGGUCCUAUUUUUAUGACCGUCCCUGCAUUUUUCGCCAAGAGCUCAGCGCUCUAUAACCCACUCAUUUACGUCUUCAUGAAUAAGCAGUUCCGUCACUCCAUGAUGCUGUUACUGUGCUGUGGAAAAGAUCCUUUCCAGGAUGAGGAGGAAGAAACUUCCAGCUCGAAGUCCAAGACAGAGACCUCAUCUGUCCCCAGCUCUGAAUCUUCUGCCUGAGGGUCAUGCUCUAGGCUAUUCGAGGAAUAUACAGUUCAUCUGCCUGGAACCUAUGAAAGUUACAUCCCUGUAAGGACAUAUGGAAAACUCUGGCAUUGCAGAUAGAGUUGCAUACUAAUAAUAUAUCAAUGAACAGACAUUCCAGUACAGCUCAGACUGUGGAUGGGAAUAAAUAAUUACCUAUAUGAGUAAUUAUUAUUAUUACUAUUUUCAUUAUGGUAACACUUGAAGCUCUAUAUAUAUAAAUAUAUAUGACAUUAUUAAGUGUAUUCUUAAGGAAUUAUAAUAAAUGGAUAAUCUAUUAUUAAAAAACUUAUGUUAUUUUAUCUCAUAACUAAUCAUAAGAAAUCUUACGUAUUUGUGGUUAUAACUUUUAGGAGUAUGAUUAUUUAUAACACACAAUAAAUAUGUUAAAUCCACUUAAUUUAUAAAGGGUUAUAAGUCUCAUAAGAUCUACAGUAUCUUACUGAUAUUACAAUAAAUAUAGUUCAAAUCAAAUGUUUCAUAUUUUUCAUAUUUUUUCAUAUUUUUAUUAUCAUUAUUUUUGUUAUAGCAUAGCAUAUAUACUAAGUUAUGUGUUCAUUGUGUAUUAUAAAUCAUCAUGAUCUUAAAAAGAUAACCACAAAUAAGGAAAUAUUAUAAUGCACUACUACUGUUAUGAUUACUCAUGAGAUGAUACAACAUAUUAU